CCACAGUCUUCUCAGCCAGCAAAAACUAUGUGUGAAGAACCUUGGUUUUCAAAGGCUGCCUGCGGGCAAAGGAAUUUCAGUAACCCAGAUGUAGACACAGCUUCUGGUCUAUAUUUCCAGCAGUUGAAUAGUCCAGACUAUAACAACCCACUUGGCAAGUCUCCCAAGGUCAGCGAUGACACAAAUUUCAGAAACCAUCGCAAUGAAGAGCCAUUGUUUGGGUUUGUGAAUAACAUAUUAGAAGCUACUGCUGGUGAAAGCUCUCGGCCCAUAGCAGCUUUGUUUGAAGAGGAGAAACAACACUUUCCAACGGCUCCUUCUGCCGAUUCCAGCCAUUUUUUUGGUAACAAAAGCAUCAUCGACCAGCUGUUUACAGAUUCAGCCAAUGCAAAUGAAAUAUCCAGAAUGCAUAGUCCUUACGAAAUGGAAGAAAUGCACCAGAUGUCAAGUUGUGCUCACAGGUGCCCUCCUGAAAGAGACCUCAGAGGCAUUUUCACAGCUCCAGAGCAGAUUUUCUUCCCAAACAGCCAGAGCUUAAAUGUAAGCACCCAGGAGUCCAUUAAUCAGCCAGGAUAUUACUGUAUUCAAGAACGAAAGCCUGUAAUGUUUUCUGAACAGCAAGAGAAGGCUAAAAACGUUGGAAAUACAGUGGGAUUUGAAAGCCAAAAGAGAAAUAUCAAGGUAGCAGACAGCAUGCAAAAUUGCUUAGAGAAAAGGAAGGCUGGAUGGGCAGAACAUAAUCUGAGUAACUUGCAGAUAUUUGGACUUGAACAGGAAGCCUGCAGUUACUAUGAUCAGCAUUCAAAGCAUGGAAAACAAAAAGAUGAAGAAUCUCAGCUAAGCAACCAGUCACCUAGUUAUUCUCCAAACCGAACAGAGAGCUAUGCCACUACUACAUCUGCUGAGUCUGAAGAGGAAGAGCAGGAUGGAAGAGCGUUGCGUUACUUUGAGAACAAUUUUGCAAGAAAUGAUGGCAAUCCACUUUCAGUUUCAGGAAAUCAAAAGCUGCAGUGCAGUUGCCAGUCAAUGGCCACGUAUUCCGUUUUCCUUGACAAGGAAACAACUGACAUUCAUCCCCAGGCAAAACCAGCCAGGCCUCUGAAAAGAGAUAUGUUGCGCAGAGCUCAAACACACAGAUCAUGUGAAAAUAAACAUGCUAAUUUAAAGGCGCAUCUCAACGCUUGGUCGCAAACAGAGACACGUACUGAAGAAAUAGAAAAAUCCGAUGCUGCCGUGCAAUGCAAUAUAAUGCAGGCUUGCAGCUGUAAUAAUGUGCCAUCCUCUGUCCAUAGUGCUGAAAUCACCACUUCCGCCAGCAAGGUAGAGACCACUGGAGGGCAGAACAUUCCUGCAGAUGAAAGCUGAAGUGCUGCUUCUGAGAAGCACUCAUUCGUUAAGAGUUAAGAGUUCGUCUCUUGAAACAGUAUGUACAUGGCAAAAUAAACUUAGGCAUUCUGGAUUACAGUAAUAAAGGGGAGGUGUGUGAUUAAAUA